AUGGGCCAAAGCGGCGUCUCCCGUUUCCCCGCUGUGCAUAAAUGCGGUGACAGCAGCAGCCGUGCCCGCUGUGUCUGCCCGGGAGCGGAGCGGCGGCGGCACCGGAGCCCGGCGAGGCGGCGGCGGAGCUCGGAGGCGGCUCCAGCCCGGGUGGGACCCGCGGUCGGUGCUGCCCCAGCUCGGGGCUCGCUGCGGGCGGAGGGGCCGCGGUGCCAUCCCGUGGGCACGGCGGUGCUGAUUCUGCUGCUCCUGGUGCUGGUGCUGGCUUUGGGGGCGGCCGUGGCUGUGCUGGCAGCACAACAGCUUCCAGUCACACCUGCGAGUCUGCAGUGCUGUUCCCAUGGCUGGGUGGGCUACAAUGGGGUCUGCUACUACUUCUCACGGGAUUACAGCACGUGGGAGCAGGGUCAGGAACGGUGCUCCGAGCUCGGGGCCUCCCUGGCCAUUGCCAAGGAUGAGGAGGCCAUGGAUUUGCUCUUCUGCCUCCGCGGGAAUGGCAAUUUCUGGCUCGGGCUGCGCAGACGGGGCGAGCGCCUGCACUGGGGGGACGGCAGCAGCUACAGCUCCCGGGUUCCUGUCCUUGGCAAUUCCGAGUGCGUGUACCUGGCUGAUGAGACAUUGAAGACUGAUGACUGCUCACAUUGGCGUCCGUACAUCUGCAGCAAGGCCCAAGCUCCCCGGUAA